AUUAACCCUCUUAAUUCAUCCAUAAAUAGCCUCCACUUGACCCUCAUUCUACGACACCGCAUUAUCAAUUUACUUCUAAAAUAACCCAACACAAGAUCAGAAAACAAAUGGCAGAGAAGGAGCAACCACCUCAUCCUUUUGUAUCCAGCCCUCAAAACGACGACGCUGAGACAGCAAAAACCAAAGAGCUAACCAAAAAGAAACGCAUCAAAUGCAUAGCAUUCAUUGCAGCUUUCACCAUCUUCCAAACCGGAAUCUUAUUACUCUUUAUUUUUACUGUUUUCCGCUUCAAGAACCCUAAAUUCAGAGUAAUCUCCGCCUCAUUUGACGAUAAUUUUCAGUUCAGCAGAAACAUUUCGGACCCUUUUCUUAACAUUACGAUGAACACUAAAUUUGGAGUUAAAAACACCAAUUUUGGCCAUUUUAAGUAUGAUAUUAGUAACGUAACGUUCGAAUAUAGAGGUAAUGUUGUUGGUGUUAUCAGUGUUGAUAAGGCACGAGCUAGGGCUAGAUCGACGAGAAAAUUUGAUGGUGUGGUAGUGAUUAAGACGGAGAAACUAAAUGAUAGCUCUGAGCUUAGCGGGGAUAUAAGUUCAGGUAAAAUUCCGGUGAGUAGCUCGUCGAGGUUGCAUGGGAAAAUUCAUUUGAUGAAAUUGAUAAAGAAGAAGAAAUCUGCUGAAAUGAAUUGUACUAUGAAUAUUGAUCUUCAGACAAGAACACUUCAGGAUGUUAUGUGCAAGUGAUUAUGAUCAGCUUUAUGUUGUUUUUGUUAGAUUUGUGUUUUUAUACUUGUUUCAUGAGUUCUUAUGUUUUUAUUUUCUUUUAUUUUGAUCAUUUUCUAAAUUUUAGUCUUUCAUAUUGUUAUUCUUUGUGUUCCACUUGAUAAUUCACAUUUUGAUUGAUUUA